AUGCUUACAUUGAACAAUCAGUUUCGAGCGGCUAUUCAUUACUUUCAAAAAGCCUUGGAAAUUGCACAAGAAUGUGGAGAUAAGCAAAACGAAACAAAUGCGUACACUGGGUUAGGAGAUGUUUAUAGAUUCAACAAUCAGUUUCAAACGGCUGUCCAAUCCUAUGAAAAAGCCUUGGAUAUUGCAAAAGGACGUGGUGAUAAAGAAGACGAAACAAAUGUGUAUAUUGGGUUAGGACGUGCUUAUGGAUUGAAUAAUCAGUUUCAAGCGGCUAUUCAAUACUUCCAGAAAGCCCUGGGAAUUGCACAAGAACGUGGAGAUAAACAAAAUGAAACAAUUGUGUACAUUGAGUUGGGAGAUGCUUAUAAAUUGAACAAUCAGCUUCAAGCGGCGAUCCAAUCCUAUGAAAAAGCCUUGGACAUUGCACAAGAACGUGAUGAUAAAGAAUGCUGGAACAAUCAGUUUCAAACGGCUAUUCAAUACUGUCAGAAAGCGUUGGAAAUUUCACAAGAACGUAGAGACACAGAAAACGAAACUAAUGCGUACAUUGGGUUAGGAGAUGCUUAUAGAUUCAACAAUCGGCUUCGAACGGCUAUCAAAUUCUAUGCAAAAGCCUUGCAUAUUGCGCAAGAGCGUGGUGAUAAAGCAGGCGAAACAAAUGCGUAUAUUGGGUUAGGAGAUGCUUAUGGAUUGAAUAGAUGGAACAAUCAGUUUCAAACGGCUAUUCAAUACUGUCAGAAAGCGUUGGAAAUUUAA